UUGCCAUGGAGGAGCUGUGCGCGGCGCUGGCGGGCGGCGUGGCCUUGGCGGCUCCCAACAGCACCGCGGCGCCGCACCCGCGGCUCGGCGCGUACAAAGGCCGCGGGGACCGGCUGGGGCAGGACGAGAGGCGGCGGCGGCUCCUGUGUCUGCAGAGAGAGAGGCGGCUGGACUACGUGAACCAUGCCCGCAGGCUGGCGGAGGGCGACUGGGCCGGCGUGGAGAGCGACGAGGACGGGGGGAAGGAUGGCGACGACGAGGAGGAGGAGGAGAUGGAGGUGGACGCCGGCAGGAGGCUGCCCAAGCGAUACGCCAACCAGCUGAUGCUCUCUGAGUGGCUGGUCGAUGUCCCUGUGGAUCUGGAACAGGAAUGGAUCGUGGUGGUGUGUCCUGUUGGGAAGAGAGCACUGGUAGUGGCCUCCAGGGGUUCCACAGCAGCUUACACCAAGAGUGGCUUCUGUGUCAACAGGUUUCCAUCCCUGCUGCCAGGGGGGAACCGGCACAAUACAACGAGUGAGAAAGUGUACUGUAUCUUGGACUGCAUCUACAAUGAAGCAGAGCAGACAUACUACAUCCUCGAUGUGAUGUGCUGGAGGGGGCACCCUGUUUACGACUGCCAGACUGACUUCAGAUUCUUCUGGCUCUCCUCGAAGAUCCAAGAAGAGGAAGGGCUGGGAGAGAAAAGCAGGAUUAAUCCAUACAAGUUUGUGGGCCUGCAGAACUUCCCCUGCACCUCGGAGAGCCUGUGUGAGGUGCUGACAACAAACUUCCCCUUCGAGCCAGGGCAGUCACCAGAGGAAGUCCAAGUGCCUGUGGCUGGCUGACCGUGCCAGACACUGCUUUUAGCACAGGUAGGGGAGUAUUAGCUGAAGGAAACCUGGGAUGCCUUUUUGACUUGCUCAAUGACAAAUGCUCCUGCCUGCCUCUGCCUCUCCUGAGGAAAGCUUUAUGACUUCUUGAGGCCUUUACUCUGUGACAAAAGGUGAAGAGCAUCCCAACUUAUGGAGAGAGGCCCCUGUGGAAUGCAGAGGGACUGCAGGAGCUGGGCAGAUGCUCCUUGUGCUCCUGCUGUGUUUGUCCCCAGGUUCCCUGGUCAAUGUGUCCGGGCACUACCCCAGCAAGAACAGAAACGCGGUGUAGUUUGGCACAAAGGCAGCCCCACAGAAACCACGCUGCUGUGUUUCCAGGAAUGAAGCUCACCAUGUGCCACAAGAGGGAGCCCGAGAAAUCUCCGUGAAUAGCUUCCAGCAACGGGGCAGCCAGAACCAAACUUCACAGGAGGCAAAAUACAGCUCGUGCAGUGUAAUAGAUAUCUCGUUAUGCCUGGUCCCAGCAUCCUGGGAUGGACCACGCUAAGCAAGUUUGCUCAGUCGACAAGCACUGAAUUUUAAGAGUUUUUUGGACGGGGUCUUAUUUAAGAGCUCCUGAGCUGCCAAUGGAUUUGAGAAAAACAGCGUGCAAGUUUCUAGAAAGGCAAGGGAGAGCCAAAGUCAGAGGCUCUGUGGUGUGGAGCAGCUGAAAUAGGACAAAGCAUGGCCAUGAAGCAUGAAAUCCUGCCAAGCCAGUUGCUCAAAAGGUUCAGUCAUAUGGAGAUGCCCUUGUCCUGGUGAGGCUGGUGUCAGAGCAAUGACUUGGGAUAGGGACAUGGCCAACAACUGAGAUGAUGACAGGAAUAUGGGAACUGCAGUAACUUAGAAGAAAUCAGGGGAAGGAAUUACAUGACUUACCCCUCUGCUAGGCAGAAUUCUUUGAUUUUGUCAGCUUGGGGAAGCUCUUUGGAGCAUUGUGGAAGGCGGGAGUCUUUCCAGGCUGAUGUCACUAGAAGAUACCUGUGGGAGCUGCAGAAUCCCCAUUGCUCAGAAGGGGCUGUGCUUUUGCUGGGAUGUGCAGGUCCAGGAGAGAGUGCAGUGGCGUGGUGCCACAGAGCCUGGCUCCUCUCCUCAAGUCUUCCUGGGACAUGAGGAGAGGGAAAGGCUUUGCACUUCAGAUAUCCAGCCAGUUUCACAAGCUCAUGCUGUUUAUUGGGCUGGUUUCCUGUUCCCCUAGGACAGGAAUCCCCCUUCUCUGGAAUUAUUUUGAAAGCUCUUCACAGUGACCAAAAAUCACGGACUUCAGUAGUGCAGUAGGCAGCAUGGCCCUGCAGGAAGCUAAUGCCCAGCAGCAGAGAUGGGUACAUGCCUGCUGUGUUCUCAGCCAUGCCUUGGCUCGAUAUGAUGUAGGUGCUGCUCUGCUGGGGGGCUGCAGUUGCGGG